GCUCAGAUUGGACAAGCUUUGCAGAGAUGAAGCUGCUUCUGUUCUUGGGACUGUCCCUCCUCGUAGUGUUGAUGGUGCCAGGUGCUGAGGGCAAGAUAUUUGAGAGAUGUGAGCUGGCCAGGGUGCUGAAGCAGUAUCAGUUUGAAGGGUUUGUGGGACGCAAAGUCACUGACUGGUUCUGCCUGGCACAACACGAGAGCAGUUACAAUACUGCGGCUGUGCAUGACAAUGGACGCAGCCGUGACUACGGGAUCUUCCAGAUCAACAGCCAGUACUGGUGUGAUGAUGGCAAGACGGCUGGCUCCAAGAACGCCUGCUGCAUUUCCUGCUACAGCUAA